GCGCUCCCUGUAUCAAGCGGGGCGCAGGUGCUAUGCCAAAGGCAUAACCCAGUGACAGGUUGCCGCGGCUUAUGGACCCCCAUUUGGGGCACCUCGUGGGCCGCUGUGCCUUGGAGCUGCAUGACUCCCCGGAGUCACCCAGCAUGAAACCCCCGGCUUUGCUGGAGCGGGAGAAAGUGCCGUUAGAUGUUCCGAACUGUCUGCCGGACUUGCAUAGUGACAUUCCGGAAGCAGAUGAUUCAGAGCCUUCAGAGCAAGCUGGGAUGGUUCUGGAUGUGGCUGACUUUGCCAUUACCGUGAGGCAAGUAGACCGAAGCACGGCAGAGCAGGACAGUCUGUGCCAGCGCAGCAUGUCAUGCCCUGCCUGGUUUGACCGCCAGGAAAAGGCCGACGCGGUUGGCAAAAAUAAGGAGGAUGCGGAGGGCGCGGAGGGCGCGGAGGGUGCGGAGGGUGCGGAGGAUGCCGAUGCCACGCAUGCCAUGGAUCCACCUCUUUUCGUGAAGGUGAACAGAAAGCCAGCUGCGUCAGUCAGGGCAGCCACGUUGGGCUGUUCAGCUUCUGUUCUGAAGACUAACAACAAACUGUCAGCGGUGUCAUGCGCGUCAGGCUCGUCAGUCCUGCACUCUGGGGACCACAAUCUGGUAAGUGCGCAGAUGGCUUCUAUCCUGCCACUUGCGGGUCGGGUCACAAAGACAACGACUGUAACUCUUUCGUUGAGCGCAUUCCCCCUUGCUGACGUCAUGGAAAAGUAUGUCCUUGAGCGGUGCGCUGAUGGACGGUCAUGGAAAAAGCGGCUUGCCUGUGGCUUGGGUGUGCUUGCUGCCCUCACUCUGCUACUUCCCGCGGUGUCCUUUUUCCCAGUGGUGCCACCAUUCCCAGCCCCAGCAGCCGGAUUCUGGGCGAACUGGCGCUUCAACCUCAUAGCGCACCCUUUCAUGAAUUACUGGCCUGCCAGGGCCGGUCUGGAACUCUUUCUGAGAGGAAUUGAGCCCAGGGAUAGAGAAAAGCUCAAGUGGAUAGCUCGUUUAGCGCCGCUGGUCGAUCCAGUGACUUGUUUGUUUAUCCAUUGGAUAUUCCAUAUGAACGGGAUUUUCCCCGUGCCCUUCGCAAUCCUGACCAGCUGCAUUCCAGCCAUCAUUUGCAGCCUUGCAGUGGCAUACUGUCUGCUGCCUGGGCGGUUCCGCACUUCCGCUUUCCACCGCUUCGUUGCCUACACGGCCUUCGCCUGGUUCGGGUGGUCCCUGCAGUUCGCAGGCCUGCUUGUCUGGUACCAAGCCUUCCCCAGUUUGGACGGCAGCUGGCAGAUGUUCAGCGGGCUGCUGGUCUCGUUGGUUCUGUUCUGCUUUGGGUUGGCACAGCAGAGAGUUGCCCAUUUUCUUGACGUGCCAGAGCACCUGGCGGCGGAGCUGAAGUCCCCCAUCUUGUUCGUCAAAUUCCUGGUCUCUGCGUCUCUCUUGUCCAAAGCGGAGGGCAUCAGUGUGGUUCUGAUUCUUCUGCUGGAUUCUGGAAAGGCUCUGGUGUCAAUGGUGGAGAUGUAUUACCGGCUUUUGCUCGCCAUUGGCGUCGAGAUCGCUGAUAUGGGCGUCCAUGUGGGCGAAAGCUCGAAGUCUUGGUGCUGUUCCCGGCUGCGGCGCAGCUUUCAGCAGGUUCGCCGAUUGCAAGAGAUUGUGGGCUUGCGCCGGGUCGCAGCCAUUAUGCGAGAGACUCUUCAAAGAGUUGAAGGGCAGACUUCGGAGGAAAUCCAAAGUGGCAAGAUCGCCUCAGUGGACGCCCGUUUGCUGAACGAGCUUUACCGAUGUCUUGGAAUAUUCUCAGUGGUGGAGAUUUGCGAGGUCUUUGUGCCUACGACUUUCAUCAUUGUGUCCUGUGCCUUGCGAAGCGACGCAUUUGGGCAGAACCGCCAAUAUUUCUUCGGCUUUUCUGACGCCGAGGACGACGAGAUUAUGCAUGGCAUCAUCAGCAAUGUUGCUUCACUCCUGGUCGAGAUCUUGGUUUUUGUUGUUGCGCAGGUUGGGCUCCUGCGUAUCUUCGGUGUGAACUUGGUUGAGUUCGUCAGCACAGUGAUUUGGGCCGACUUUUGGUUUUGGCUAUCUACCCUUGCAAGUUGCGUGAUUAUAUGGGUUACCGUGAUCAUUGAGCACGCUGGGCAUGGUGGAAGCUGGCUGACCUAGUCGACGACUGACCUCGGGUUUGGUUUCUCUCUUUUGAGAUUUAUGUAUGUUGCCACGCACUUUGGCUUGUCUGCGUGAAAUGGAGCCAGCCUAGCUGGGGGCCAAAAAUUCACAACAGUGCGAAACUACAGCCUAUGCUUGGCUGCCGUUGCACAGCUUGCCUAGCCAGAUAGCAGGUGAGCAAAUCCUGCUAAUUGUUUGAGCAAGAAAGCUUGAGCUGGCUUGCGCGCUAUUUGGC